GUUCCGAAGAUGAUCGAAGGUCUUACAGGUUUGGAACGACAUGAGGGUGAGUAAUUAAUGACAGAAAUUUCAUUUUUGGGUGAACUAACCCUUUAAAGGUUCUUUGGGGUUCUUUCCCCUUGUGUAGUUUCCUUUUCAUAUUUGAUGUAACUCAUGCUAGUAUGCUUGCUUAACCAUGUUAAUAAUUUGUUGGAAAUCUUUUACCAUGUCUUCAUCUUCAUUUGUGCUACAUUUCAAGUGCCUUUCAUGUGUUCAACACUUUGUUUACCUUUGACCCAGACUUUCAAUCUUAAACCAUGAAAAUCCACCAUAACAUAAUUAUAAAUACUUUUUAACUCCGCCUUUAAAUGAGCCAAACAAGGGUGAAAUAAUGAUAAACCAUUUAGCUAUUUAUUGUGUGAAAAUAAACCAUUUUGCCACUAAUUAUGGCCGUCCUUUAAUUAGGCUCUGACGUCAUUUCCAUCACAAUGAACCAUUUUGCCCCUAUAAAGUUUAAUCAAAAGUUACUUAUUUACCAUUAGUGUGAGUGAAGAACAUGAGAUGAAAUAUGAGACAUAUGAUGUGUGAAGAGAAAAACAAAGACAAACCACAGUAAAUAUCGCUUGUGAACAGUUUUUAUAUUCUUGUAGAGAAAACUUAACUUCUUUGUAGCUGAAAUGAUGUAUUGACCAAUCAGCAUCCUAGGCUAUCCAUUUUAUAUAUUUUUAUUCUAUAUAAAGACAUCAUUCUUCUGGUGGAUGUUUCUUCUCUAGAGGUCUAUAUAUAGCUGAUGUCUUCACCAGUAGAAUGAGCCCCAGAUGAAGGUUUUCGGGCAGCAGGAAGUGACAGUGUGGCGUGUUUUCACUGUUUUCCUGCUGUUUGCCGUUCAAGUGGAGUGACAAAUUAGCAGUGCAAAGCCAUUAUAGGGCUCCUCUGUGACUGUUUAUCUUUCUGUGGGACUCUGUCUUUGUCAUUCACACACUUUUUCUCUCGGCUUCCUGUCUGUCUCUCUUUCCAGUUUGUCUCUGUCUCUCUUACAACAAAGCAAGGACUGCUGAUUGCCAUUGCAGUCAUUUUUGAUGGGAUGACUUCCGAUAAAUAAACAGGCUGAGUGUGUGAGAGUGUGUCCACCUGCUGUCUUUUCAGAGCAGACAGCUGUGGUCCUCGUGCAGACGGAUGAGGGAACCGGAGGGUCUCGCUGAAGGGGGCGCCAUGCUUUGAGCCUAAUGGAGCCUGAAGCAUCACAACGGAUGUGACUGGAAUGAGAACCGACCGCAGCAGCUGCGGCAGUGAGGUCCUGGUGUGCGACUGGUGUCCUAAAAUAACCAGCACACGAUUCUAAGUGGGUCAGAGCAGGAAGUGGAUGCCAAAGGCCUACACAUGCACCAGUGGGUAUACUGUGCUACAUCCUGGUCAUUUUCCCUGCAAGCAGUUGUGAAGAAUGAUACAGUGUCUGGUUAAUGCAGAUUUCUGGCUGUGUUGUUUUAUCAACAAGUCUGCAGGUACUGACAUCGCUCACAUGUUCUCCAUCUGGUUGGCACUGAUAAGAACUUUCAAAGGGCUUCUGGGUAAUAGUCUUCACAGACUUAAAAAGCUGGGACGUAAUGUAUUCAGGUUGAGAUGGCCCUGCCGGCAGCCUGCGUCUCCUGCCCUGCACAAUCAGCUGUGAAGUGUGCGGCUGUCAGAGGAGAAUGUCUCUCUGAGACACAUGAUUCACUCUGCACCCCCAUUUCAGAGAGAGAAACAAAAUGGCUGCUCUCAGGGCCAGAGGGGGAGCCAAAAAUCAUCACAGCAAACUGAAAAUUGCGGCAGAGAUUGAAUGGAAAAAUACUGUUUCACGCUUCCGGAUUAAACCACUUCAAUUUAGAUAUCAUGUUGGUUUCUAUUGGAACUGUUUUAUUAUCAAAUAUUUGCAUAUAUGAUGAGAUGUUGAUAUCAGUACAGAAAUAUUGGUGAAUCUUAAUAAACCUAUCAAAAACAUAUCUAGGUUAGAUUUCAAUCCAAAAUCAAAAGAAAAAAAUAAGAAAUUAUACUUUGCUUCAUAAAGAAAAUGAAGCAUGUUUUUGCACUGUUUGCAUUUUCAUAACCUUUCGAAAAAUUUCCAAAAAAAUAAAUCUAUAUUAAUCAAAUUGCAGAGUAUUUAAAUAUAGUAGUAUUUAUUGUACUGCCAUUAAUUAGCAAUGAAUUAUAGAAAUUAUGGGAACUACCAUUGCAAAUAAUAAUGAAAAAACAUUAUACCACAGUAAAACAUCUAAAUGCAUUACAGUAAUGAGAAUAUGCGGAGGCAGUUUUGAUGUUUGUUUUGUUUUUUGUUUUUUCAUGGCAUGUUUCAUGGAAUGUUAUACUAACUGCUAGUGUAUUCGGUGGUUGUGUCUUCUCUGGGUGUGGUCUGUAACCAUGUUUGCAGACUUCCCCUCAUGCUCAGAGGCUUGUGGAGUGUAAAAAGGACACAACCUCUAUUUUCUGGGUCAUGAGCUACGGUUUAUGCCCCAGGUGUCAACUUCGCAAGGUGCAUGAUGGGAUGCCAGAUUGUAUAGAUAUUACGUGCAGGGAGGCAGGAGGGGGUGUAUAUCUGGAAUUUUCCAGAAAGUCUCAAUAACUUCCCAGGCUUUAUAUAGUUGUAUGUGCAUAACACUGUAAAAGUCAGUGACUCUUCUGCAUUAGCAUCCUGUAGAUUUAAAUUAAUUGGAGUUUGUAUCACAUUUUGGUUAUACACAAAAAAUAAUUUGUUGCAAAUUCCCAUUAGUUCCCAUUAUAUAAUUAUAUAAUUAUUUUAUUUAUUUAAUUUCUUUUUCAGUUUAAUGUGUAUUAAUAUUUAGCGCAAUUAACGCAUCCAUUUUUUCUCUGUCAUCCUUUGGCUGUGGUACAGUAUAUGAUUAUGCUAUCAUUCAUUCAAGUGUUAGUAAACCAUUCAAGCAUUACAAGAUGCAAAAAAAAACCCCUCAAAUCUGUACUGGGGGCUGCCUGUGAAGCGGAUCUCUGUGAACAAACACCCGAAACAUACGCACAGAAUGCCGUUUCAGACAGUGCUCCAGUACCUCAUUGAGUUCUCCUUCACGCUUAAAGAACGGACAAAAACACAAAAUUAUGUCAAAGUUCCCAUUUAGUCGAGUAUCCUCGUAAGCUCAGUCUUAAAUCAGCUAAAAAGUGUGUAGGAUUUCUGUCAGAUCAGUGUCAUGUAUACUUCAGGUCUUAAAGUGAUAGCAGCCUAAUAAACCUGUUAGGGAUGCACCAAUACCAAUUUUUAAGGACUGAGUACGAGUACCAAUACUUUUUUUCUAGUACUCACCAAUACCGAUACCAAUGCCUAUACAUUUAUUAAUUUCUCUCUCUCUCUUUUUUUUUUUUUUUUUUUUUUGGUGAUGUUGCAGUUUUCCAAGCACAACACAGUGAGACUAAUGAAUGUAGGGCAGCUUCUUCAUUAUUACUCUAAUGAAAAAAUAAUUUUUAUGUGCUUCUCACAAACUUAAAGAACAAAAAUUUCACAGUGUCCAAUAACUUUCAAAGGGCAUAAUUACCAAUAUAUAUAAUUGUUGUUAUAUAAAAAGAAAUUUACAAACAAAUUCCAAACAAUACAAACUGCCGCCGGUGUCUCUGUGCACGGAAAAUUCUGUCAGUUACGUCACGUGAGGUAUCGGUCUUUGGUAUCAAGGGUAUUUUUACGAGUACAAGUACAUGAGCUUGUGCUGCGUUCCAGGUAGGUUUUUGAGCCCGCAAGUCACGACUUCAAACCACGACUCACGACUUUGUAGCCUUCCAGGCAAGUCGACGCCAAACUGCCUGAGUGUAAACAAACCAGCAUGGCUGACCGUACGGGGCUUAUGCUCAUUUACAAUCAUUUCUAUGGCCAAAAGUGCUUACUCCUUGCUUAUUUGAGGAAAAACGGCACAUAAGGCAAGAGAAGCUGUUAUUCCAGUGCACUUUCACGGGUAGAAGGUUGGAAAAACACGGCUUACGGGUUGCCUGGAACGCAGCAUUGGUAUCGGUGCAUCCCUAAAACCUGUCAGUAAUCAAAGAGAAAAUCACUCACUGCUCUUGACUAAAAAACUUUUGUAGCUUUAAAAAGGAUUACUCUAUAUUCAAUUUAUAAUUUAUGCAGUGAAGUAUGUGCAGUGUUUGAUCAUUCAGUUUCUGUAGCCUAUGUUUAGGCUUACCUGUUAGACCUACCUGAACAUCUUAAAGCACUGCUUACAAGGUUACAUCGGUCAAAAACAAUAACUUUUUUGUGCAUUUUAGCAGGGCAGGUAAAAAUCUGAACCUGACAUUUAUUUAACAGUGGAUUUAUGUGAAACUUGUUUUAAGUUCCCUUAAAUUAAAAGUUAUAUUUUUCAGUUAUAUAACAUUUUUCUAUUAUACUGUAAUGUAGAAUGGCUAUAAUUAAUGGCUAAAAUUGGGAAUAAAAAAAAUCCAUUUAAAAGUAUCAGUACUAGUAUCAGUGAUACUGGUCUUCAUUUAUAGUGCUUAAUAAAAAUAUGCUAUUAAACAAAUAUUUGAAAUAUACUCUCUUUAUGUUGUUUCUACAUAAUUUUGGAGAUUCAAUGUGAAAGUAUUAUAAUAUAAAAAUAUAUUAAAAACGUUAAUGUUAGAUUUGAUUAAUCGCAAAUAAUUACAGAAAAAUGGGUGAUUAAUUAAUUUUGUUUAUGUGUGUGUGUGUGUGUGGAAAGCAAUGCUUACAAUCAGCAAGACAAAGAAGGCUGAUGACAUAUUAUGCAAAAAAAGCAGCAAAACGCCCCUUUCCACCUCCUCGACCCAGUUGGCUCCAAGCACUAUGACGAAAGACAGAACAGACGUCAGCAAAGAACAAGUACGUAGAGAGAUUUCUCUCAGUCCCCCCUCACCACUUCUUUUUUUAGUCAGAGACAUAAGGAGGUUUCGUUUCUUUAUUAUUACAACCCAGCCCUUUUUUAGUAUAUGUGUGACAUUGUGUUCUGAAAAACAUUGCCUGGUGUUCUCUCUGAGGAGUUAAUGACAGGGAAAAUUAGAGGACUGAAAUGAUGUCAACUGCCGGUCAUUAUCAGCCAAUCACAGCCUGUCAUAUCAGCCAAUACAGAUAGAUGGGGUGCAGAGUGGUAACCAAUGGAAACAUGUUGGUUUGUGCUUGUGUACAUGGUGGUGCCUUAAAACACAAUGCCUCGCAGUGAGGAGCGAUGGGAUUUCAGCGGGUAAGGGGCAAUGAUUUGCUUUUUAAGCGCUACAUGAUCCUGUUAAUGGUCUUCGGAAGGCAUAAUCGUGCCCUUUGCGAGGAAAAGGGAUAAGCAGAUGCCAUAUUCUUUACUUUCUCUCGGUUUGACCCUUACGAUAAGCCUGGUUAAUGACACGCUGAUGGGCUCACCUGUUCAGCCACAAAGGAAACGUCUGAUGUUUGGGUUUUAAGAGCAUGUGCGAGCGCUGUAACAGCACGUGCUCUGUGAACCAAUUGGGAUACUGAAAAUAAAACAACAUUUUCCUGGAGAAAAUAUGAGUGGUGCAAAACUCGCUACUAUGAGAGGGUGUUGUGGUUUCUAGGUGAGAAAAGAGCCCAUUUUCAAGUCUUUAUGGUAUUUUAUUUCCUAGAUGUGGUUCAGGUCCCUCCUUCAGUGUAAGUUUAUGGAUUUUAUUUUUUUUUUGUCGGUUAUAUUAUCCACUAGAAGAAAAUCGUAAAAGCCAUUCACACAGAACAUGUUUUUGCAUUGAAAAAUGUGAGAUGUGAGCUGUGGAAUAAUAAAAAAGGCUUAUGCUGCCUUCACGUGCUAUCAGAAAAGUCCUACUUCCCACUUCUGAAGUUGUGAUUAUGAGCUCGUCACAUUGAAGUGCUUUGUUUUCGGAAAGAACAGGAAUCAUGGAGGACACCAGGUUUAUUUUUGCCUGUUUAUUGGGAAAAUCUUAUUAAAGCCAAAAUGAUAUUUAGCGUCCCAUUCAUUGCCAACUAUAUAAAGAGAUAGUCAACUAUUCUAGAUAGUCAGCUUGCUGACAAUUUUGGAAUUUUGGUCAAAUACAGGCUAUUUUCACUGUGUAUAAAACAUAUAGUAUGCUUCAAAUGGUUAUUCAUAGGCCUAUAUGUAAAUAUGCACUACUUUAACGACAAGAUGAGGCGAUGUAGCUGUAGUGGGAAAAAAAAAACUAAUAAAAGAAUACCAGUCACAGCAGCAAACGUUCUCCCCUCUGCCAUGUUUAAAGUUUAUGGCCAGUCUAACUUGGGAACUUGGGUCUUAAAAUUAUCCCACAACUUCCCAGUGGUAAAUAUGACUUGAGAGGGUGUUCAUGUCCAAUUUUUAACUAGGAAACUCUUAUUUAUGGCUAAUUCCAAUAGCACAUGAAGGCAGCAAUAUAUAACUUGAGCAGCAUAUUUUUUAGAAUGUCAUGUCAUAGGGCUGCCCUCGACUAAAGAUUUUUCUGUUUGACUAGAAGUCGUUAAUUUUAAGCGAUUAGUCGACUAAUCGCAUGUUUAUUAAUAAACCAUAUAAACCAUAAUAAUGAGCCUUUAAUGUCUACAUAGCCUAAUCAGCGCUAAAGCGCACGCAUAAAGCUUGCCACAUCACACCGGCAGAAGUAAUGAUUAUGAAUGCGUUGGGGAAAAACAGCAAGGAGAUUGCUUUAACAUUUUAAUAAUUAAUUGAUAAACUAGUGUUUUCUGUGUAUUUGGGCUGCAAUGAUGAGGUUGGCGAUGCUGACUCGUCAUCUCCGCAGUAGUGCACGCGGCUAUAUAUGCAUGUUUCAUACGGAUUACAUAACCUGAGAAUAUUUGUUUUCCAUUUGAAUUGGUUCAUUUAAAAGCAGACAUUUUGCUUUCUAUUGAUAUAUUUUACAUGUCUGUGAGGUAAGUAAGUUUACAUGGAGUUUCGGUUCUUUUUUUUUUUUGUCACGCUCAAGUUUGCAGAGAGAGACGGCAGAAAGCGCACCCUGUUUGCUUUCAUUAUUUUACAAAAGCACAAUGUUUUGUUGUUAUUGUAAGUGCACACAAAUGAAAGUAGACUCUUUACAGAUUCAAAAGCUGUAUUACUCUUACCUGUAUGCCAAAAAUGGAGUAUUUUAAGUGCAAGUGAUAGCACUGGUGCCUCCAUGUUAGCUGUUAUGCAGUAAGCAUGCUACUAUUCAGCUUUCACACUCCACAGAAACACUUGAAUAGCCCACGUUUUUCUAGGUUAACGUUAAAGCGAACAGCCAUGUAAAGUUGCUACUACUUACAUGUAUCAGAUGAUAAGCCACAUUUGAGGUCUAUUAAAGGGUUAGUUCACCCAAAAAUGAAAAUAAUAUCAUUUAUUACUUACCCUCAUGCCGUUCCACACCUGUAAGACCUUCAUCUUCGGAACGCAAAUUAAGAUAUUUUUGUUGAAAUCCGAUGGCUCAGUGAGGCCUCCAUAGCCAGCAAUGACAUUUCCUCUCUCAAGAUCCAUUAAUGUACUAAAAACAUAUUUAAAUCAGUUCAUGUGAGUACAGUGGUUCAAUAUUAAUAUUAUAAAGAGACGAGAAUAUUUUUGGUGCGCCAAAAAAACAAAAAAAAUAACGACUUAUAUAGUGAUGGCCGAUUUCUAAACACUGCUUCAUUAAGCUUCGGAGCGUUAUGAAUCUUUUGUGUCGAAUCAUGAUUCGGAUCGCGUGUAAAACCGCCAAACUGCUGAAAUCACGUGACUUUGGCGCUCUGAACCGCUGAUUCGACACAAAAGAUUCAUAACGCUCCGAAGCUUCAUGAAGCAGUGUUUUGAAAUCGGCCAUCACUAUAUAAGUCUUUAUUUCGUUUUUUUUGGCGCACCAAAAAUAUUCUUGUCGCUUUAUAAUAUUAAUAUUGAAGCGCAACGGUCAAAGACAUUUGUCAUUGCAUAUUUAGAUAGAUAUAAAAACAAUGGAAUGCAAAAACAAGUUCUGUGUGAGUUAUUAUAACUCAUUAUUUGAGGUAUUAUUCAUGCCUGUAGCUGAAAGGAUGGAGGAUGAGUUUUACCCUGAAUUUGAACGGCAGUAUAGGCAAUAGUGCCGCUUGCAUUAGACUACCACUGAUACUACAAUUCUGUGUGUAACCUUUUGCUUUCAGUUGAAAAGACUGAAAUGGAAUAUUUCUGUAGCUGUACCCAUAAAUGAGUUUCUAGCAUGGAUACUAUUUCUGUCCGUUUUUGUGGUGUUUUCCAUUGAUUGUGUCAAAUGCGAUUACCUCACGGUGGCGUAUCUGCAGGAGGGAGUAGUGAAAUAUAAACGUGAAUCUGGCUGGCUGUUGGUCGUGCUCAGGCGAGGUGACUCAGAUAGCUGAGAGACAAAUCAAACCGGGGAAAGAACUAGAUGAGACGGCUGGAAAAUCCUCCCUCAGGCCUGGGGGAAGCGUGAACCAACCAACCAACCCACACAUUCAUAAUGUCAUUUCUUAUGAUUUAGGCAGCAAUGUAGAGGUCCAGCAAAAGAUGACACCCAAAUACAUGUUUUGAUAGGAUUUGAUUUUGAUUAUUCCUAAUUAAUGGUUUGCACUAAGAUAAGCAUAAUUUUCUUUAGCUCAUUCUUAGGGUAAGAUGUUUGUUCAAAUCACUAACCCUGAGUACUGAAAUUUGCUGUGUAACUCACCCUGCAGCGUUUGUGCUACAUGAAUGAUGCGUCAAAUUGUAGGGCUUGUUGAGGAGAGGUUUACAUUUCUGAGCUUUCAGAGAUCGGACAAUAAAACAGGUGAAAAAAUCCCAUAGACCCAUAGCCAUAUCUAGAGACCAGAAUAUCAUAGAUCAAGGGUGUCCAAUCCUGCUCCUGUUGGGCCACUUUCCACAUAUUAUCUGAGUAGGUACUACUCCUAUUCAUUUGUCUAUACUCUCACUAGUCCUUAAUCCCUCCCUGUUCUAGCUUGUACUCCAUUACAGUUAGUAGUUCUCGUGUUUAUUGCCUCUUUAAAGGGUUAGUUCACCCAAAAAUGAAAAUUCUGUCAUUUAUUACUCACACUCGUGUCGUUCCACAUCCAUAAGACUUUCGUUAAUCUUCUGAAGUCUGAGAGGUUUCUAUCUCUCCAUAGAGAUCCAAUGCAACUACCACUCCAAGGUCCACUCGUGUCACUUCAUAAAAUUGAGUUUAAGCCACUGGAGUCACAUGGAGUACUUUGAUGAUGUCUUUUUCCUACCUUUCUGGACCUUGGAGUGGUAGUUGCGUUGGAUCUCUAUGGAGAGAGAGAAACCUCUCAGACUUCAGAACACAAAUUAAGAUAUUUUUGAUGAAGAUGAACGAAGGUCUUGCGGGUGUGGAACGACACGAGGGUGAGUAAUUAAUGACAGAAUUUUCAUUUUUGGGUGAACUAACCCUUUAAGAUGAAUCGCUUGUUGUAUUCCUCAUUUGUAAGUUGCUUUUAGAUAAAAGUGUCUGCUAAAUGAUUAAAUGUAAAUUUAAUGUAAUUAUAUUUGAUGAGGACUGAACUUUACACACUAACAUCAUGGUGACGACUUUCAUGAGCAACAACGACAAUUUUUUAACAACACUGGUGUUAGUCAUAUUGCAGAAUUCAUAAUGCUGGAGUAAGACUCAUCCUUCUGGUGGAUUAAUAUGGAUAAAGUGUUAUACAACUCUGAAGGCUUGAUGAGCCAUUUAGCUACACUCUGUCAAGGGCCUCUCACUGACACAUAACAUCAUUUCCAGCUAUCUACUUAGUUGUCAACUCGGUAGAAAUGCAAAACCAGAGGUUGUGAAAAGGCAUAACUGUACUUGGACAUGGUUUAUGACGUUUUUUGUUGCUUUAAUUAAUAUUUAAAAGUCCACGUUGAGAGCUCUUGUCCAAAUUCGCAAUGACCUAGGUUUAGUUAUAGCAGGGAAGGGCCACCUUUCAGCAGAUUUAGCUCUAGCUCAUAUUAAACACACUUGAACCAUGCUAAUAAAAGUCUUCAGGAUCACUAGAAACUUGAGGUGUGCUGGAGCUAAACUCUGCGGGAAAGUGAUCUUUCAGAAGCCGACUGCACACCCCUGAGUUACAGACUGGGAAUUUUGAUGGCAAUUAUAAAAGUAAGGCAUGUUUAACCUUGUUAAUUCACUGUUUUCUCCCAUAAGCUGGGGAUUUAUUCGGGGAUAUUAAAGGCUUGAUCAAAUCAUUAAAGAAAUGAUGAACAAUUUCCUGUGGAAACUGCAAGUUCACUUAAUAUGUAGAUGAAAUGUAGAAUUCAAUUUGUACAUCAAAGAUGUCUAUAAAUAUAGAUUCAAUCAAGGCACUGCAUAAUGACUUCAAACAAACCAGAUCAAAUGCAGUAAAAUUCAACAGCCCGUGUUAACCAGCCUCACAAAUGAAGCACAGACUAAAUGUGGGUAUGUGUUUCACAGUGUGAUUUGUCUGAAUUUUGUAGGGUUAAUGUUUGUUUUGUUUAUAUUAAUCUAAUUUGCAGUAGUGUGCUGGGUUUUGUACUGGGAUUAUUAAAAGUGGUUGUAUCUCUAACUAACCUUAAAGUAGUGAUGUAACUGAAGUAGUUAUAUUUUGGUUGGAAAUUGCAUGGCCAAAUUUCAUUUCUAAAUGAGUUUUGUAUGGAUGAAUUGUUCACAAUAAGAUCAUUGCAUAUGUUUAGAAAAUAGAUCAGGUGAAUUUACAUUUCAUGCCAACUUUAACUUUCCAAAACUGUCAGGUGAACCAGACACUAGAUAUUAGGGCUGCACGAUUAUGACAAAAAUCAUAAUUGUCGAUUAUUCUCUUGAAAUUGUAAUUGCAAUUAUUAAUUACGAUUAUCACAGUUUACAUUGAAUGAUGUAUUGAAUAGCUUUACACCAUUGUUUGAAGCAACUGCAUGCCAUAUUUUUGUAUAAAAAUAAAAAAACAGUCUGAAAACACUCUUCCUGAAAUGUUUUAUUGUUUUUCUAUAACAUUAAACCUCAAAUGUCAACUAUACAUUGGUUUGGUUUCUUUUUUAAAUAAUAAUAAAAAGUAUUAUUAUGGUAUGCAUGGUAUAAUAAUAGGGGCUUUUGCUUCGGGUUGUUCUUGGAACUUGGAUAUAGGAACUAGGCCACCAGUGUAUUUCCCUGAGAACUAAUGUUCCCCUAGGGCCUGAAGUGACAUAAACUGCGCUUGUUGUUGUUACUUCUAUUUUGACGGCGCGGCGGACUUUUAUUUUGACAGCGCUGAGAACAGUUUAGACAGAUCCUGAGCACACAGUGCUCACAUUCUCUGUCUUCAUUAGUUUACGAUCUGUUUAACAGUCCUGUCUAAUACGUUAUUAGAUAGAACUGUUAUACAAAGAAAGUAGACCGUAUGAAAAAGUAUUAGCUUUUGCCGUGUGGUUGAUUCCCAAUGUCGCUAGCUUAGCAGAAAUACUUAAUCUUGUUUUGCUUGGUCUGCUCAAAGUCGCGCUGGAUUUUCUCCUUAACAUAAGGAUGAAAGGUCCCAUUGCUGUUUUUCAUGAUUGUAGAGUUAGUUUGUGGAAUAAAUACAUAGGCUGUGUACACAGCUUUUUAAAAAUGGUGGGUACUGGUGUUUCACAUGCGUUUGACAUAUCAGUGUACACCUACAUCAUUGGUAGCUCCUUUUGUGCUAGAUUAGACCUUUUACAUUCUGAAGUAGUCGUGAUUCACCUCUCGCGAUGUAACAUGCUCUAAACACACCUUAAACACGCAGCAUAAUGUAAGUGGAUAUUUUUCCUUGUAAUCGCGCCUUUGAACGAUUACGAAAUCGUGGCAUAGAAAUCGCAAUUAGAAAUUCGAUUAAUUGUGCAGCCCUAAUAGAAAUGUUUGUGUGGAACUAGAGUCUGUAAUGUGAGAAUUUGUAAAUUGAAGAUUUCCCUAUGCGCUUAUCAGCAAAAGACAUCACUUUACUAAUUCUCACCAGUACUUUAGUGAGAUGCAGUUAACACCUGCUUUUAAUUAUCAAACAUUUACAAAAUGAUAUUUUAUUAGCAAGAAAACACUAACAUUUGAGAGAAAGUAAAGAGACAGAAUUCUAAUGUCAGAAAUCUGAAAGUAAUGUAAUAUGAUAUUAGUGGUCAAAUUGAUCUGCUUGUGUGAAUAGGGAUCUUAUAAAGCAGUACAUCUGCUAUCUCCAGCAGCAGCUGGGGGGAGUCAUGCUCCAGUAGGCCCUCACAAUGGUGAGCAGAUUUAGCGGCGCUCCAGCAGGAACACAUUCAUCUCACGUCCCCCCGCACGACAAUGGCCUCAUCAUUGGCCACAUCAGUCUAUUGACGCGUGCCUGCAACCUUCAGUGCCCAUCAAACCUGCUAAGAGAAUCUAUGGCUUUUCACAAAUCUUUUACGAACACACUGUCUCUAUCAUAGCAGAAGUAGUAAAAAUAUAAGAGAAUUUAGAAUUUCAGAAUUCAGAAAUCAAUCUUCAGGUUGACGUCUUUGUUUAUUAACAGCAUUUUAAUGAAGGCUGAUCAGUUGAUUAGCAAGUGUAAUGGAGGUCAGCUAGUAAAGGUUGGUUUGAAUCCUGCUCGGAGAUGUGCUAGUAGGACCAGUUACAUUGGUAUCGUGACCCAGAUAGGAGGGAGGUUUAGGGGGGCGAGUGUAAUGGAGGUCAGCUAGUAAAGAGCUAUACAAGUAAACCUAACUCUUCUGGCUUCAAGAGGCACACUAGCGACUGAGGCUAGAGGAUUCGGUCUUUAAUGUCCUUGUUAACGCGCCGGCCUCCCAUGCCGGUGACAUUUGUUUGAAUCCCACUCAGAGCGGUGCUAGUAGGACCAGUUACAUUGGUGCCGUGACCAAGUUGGGAGUGAGGUUUAGGGGGGUGAGUGUAAUGGAGGUCAGCUAGUAAAAAGCUGUGCAAGUAAACCUCACUCCCCUGGGCUCAAGAGACACACUAGUGACUGAUGCUAGAGGCUGCAGUCUUUAGCGUCCUUGUUAGCGCGCCUGCCUCCAAUGCCGGUGAUAUUGGUUUGAAUCCCUAUUGGAACAGUGCUAGUAGGACCAGUUACAUUGGUGCCAUGACUGAGUUGGGAGUGAGGUUUAGGAGGUGAGUGUAAUGGAGGACAGCUAGUAAAAAGCUGUGCAAGUAAACCUCAGUCUCCUGGCCUCAAGAGGCACACUAGUAACUAAUGCUAGAGGCUGGGGUCUUUAGCAUCCGUUAGCACGCCCGCCUCCAGUGUUGGUGACACUGGUUCGAAUCCUGCUCGGAGUUGGUGUGAGUAGGACCACUUAUAUAAGUAAUGAGUUUCAGGAGUGAACACAUUAACUUCCAAAUGUCUCAAAUGGAUUGGUUACAAUAUAGGCCUUUAUCAGACUGGAAUUUUUCAGAGCCAAUUUUUUUCAGUAAACCCAUUAGAAAGUUUUUACUACACAGUUCCUACAGUUCCAGUUGUAUGAGUUCCUACAAUGUUAAUUGUACAAAAAGUACAAUUAUUAAAAAAGAAGUAAGCAUGAAGGUUUACCUUUAAACAUAUCCAUCCCUGGGGUGUAAGCAGAUCGUACAAAAGAAUGCGAUCAUACAAAUUCAUACGGAUUAGCCACCAAUUUGCCAAAAUGUUAAAUAGUUAGUAAUUGCCAUGAGAUUCUGUUGAAAGAUCCCAUUCAUCAUGUGUCUCCUCUAGUAUUAAGUUUCAGAAGAGAUUCCAAUAAUGUCUCAAAGUUUGUUUGGAUUUGGUAAGAUAAGUCUUCAAUCAGUUGCCAGAGAUCGCAAUCAUUUCUCAUCAAAUCUUCCAUGAUCUAAUAUCUGAGCUAUGCUAUCCAAAUUUAUUUUAUAACUCUAGACUCUUAUUGUAUGUCAAGAAUUGUUUCACUUGUGUCCUUUUUUGUUUGUUUAUUUUUGUUGAGAAAUUUUUGGAUAAACAUCAGUAAACGUAAAGCUUAAAUAAAACAUAACUGAACUGCAAGUGAAGUCUCUCAUGCUAUUCAAGAAUGCCUGAGCAAUGUGUCAUAAUGCAUGUUUUUCAUUUCAGAUGUGUUGUCCUUGUUUCCCAAUGGGUGAACUUCUUAUACAUUCUCACCCAAAUGACAUUUUAUGAUGGAGCUGUUCUGAAUGACGGUUAUUAUAAUGAUUAUCUGGUCUUGAGUCCAGUGUGUGGGCUAAGAUGCUUUCACCCACUGAAGCCACUUCACUUUGGAUGAGAUAAUUGUGUUAAAAGCAGCCACACAUAUCCAAAUCGCUCAGUGCAGAACUGUCCAACCAUGUCCGGAGACAGCUGCAUUCACCUCUGGAGAUCGUUCGGGAAGAUGUUUCCUCGCUCAGGGAAAUCCAUCGUCUUUGACAGCUUUCCAGAUCCAUCAGACACCUGGGAGAUCAUUGAGACUAUUGGUAAAGGGACUUAUGGGAAAGUUUAUAAAGUGCUUAACAGGGUCAAUGGCAGCAAAGCCGCCGUCAAAAUACUGGAUCCAAUCCAUGAUAUUGAUGAGGAAAUUGAAGCUGAGUAUAACAUCCUGAAAGCUCUCUCAGACCACCACAAUGUCGUCAAGUUCUUUGGAAUGUUCUACAAGAAGGAUGUCAAGAACGGGGACCAGCUAUGGCUAGUGCUAGAGCUGUGUAACGGAGGGUCUGUCACAGAUCUGGCUAAAGGUAUGCUGAAAAGAGGAGACCGCAUGGAGGAACCCAUCAUAGCCUUCAUCCUACAUGAAGCUCUCAUGGGUCUCCAGCAUUUACACAUCAAUAAGACCAUCCAUCGAGACGUCAAGGGUAACAACAUCCUGCUCACCACAGAAGGAGGAAUCAAGCUGGUUGACUUUGGAGUAUCUGCCCAGCUUACAAACACCCGGCUAAGGAGGAACACUUCAGUUGGAACACCCUUCUGGAUGGCCCCUGAGGUCAUCGCAUGUGAGCAGCAGCUCGACUCCACGUAUGACGAACGCUGCGACGUUUGGUCUCUGGGUAUCACGGCCAUAGAGCUGGGUGAUGGAGACCCGCCCCUCGCUGAACUUCAUCCAAUGAGAGCUCUCUUCAAAAUUCCAAGGUGA